UGCCAUAGUACAGACCUCUCAACUGUCUUCAGCUCCAAAUUCUCGUUCGCUUCUCCAGUUCUCCGUCGAAAUUCUACAGGAUCGUAAGACCCUAGCAUAUUGGCGAGGGUUUAUCUGCUCCUGACUGAUCUUUGUUGUAUUAUCUUAUUGGGUAUUAGGGAUACGAUACAGUUAUUCUCCAAAAGAGUUUGAUUAGUUGUUUUUUUUUUCGUUUCCUCCUCUUUCUGUCAAGUGAAACGAAGAAGAUCGGAUGAAUCUCUCAGUGACUAGGGUUCUGUUGACUUGUUUGCUAUUGUUCAUUUGCUUGGAUUUCGCUCAUGGCGAUGACUCCCCAGCGAAUAAGUUCCGGUCACGGGAGGCCACUGAUGAUACCCUCGGUUAUCCCGAUUUAGAUGAGGAUGCGUUGUUAAAUACACAAUGCCCCAGGAAUCUGGAGCUGAGAUGGCAAACAGAAGUUAGUUCUAGCAUUUAUGCCACUCCAUUGAUUGCAGAUAUCAACAGUGAUGGGAAACUUGAUGUAGUGGUGCCCUCAUUCGUUCACUACCUUGAAGUUCUAGAAGGUUCUGAUGGAGAUAAAAUGCCAGGUUGGCCCGCCUUUCACCAAUCAACAGUACAUGCAAGUCCUCUCUUGUAUGAUAUUGACAAGGAUGGCGUGAGAGAAAUUGCUUUGGCUAACUACAAUGGCGAAGUGCUCUUUUUCAGGGUAUCAGGCUACAUGAUGACAGAAAAAUUGGUGGUACCUCGUCUGAAGGUUCGUAAAGAUUGGCACGUAGGUUUGCAUCCUGACCCAGUGGACCGUUCUCAUCCGGAUGUUGACGAUGACCAACUCAUUUUGGAGGCUACUGAAAUGAAAUCAAAGACUCAUACAAAUGGAAAUACACCUGAGCGAAACAGUUCAGGUUCUACAUCUACAGAAAGUCACAUUGGUAUGGAGAAUAUGCCCAAUCCAACAAAUGUGUCAAAUCCGGAGAAUGUAUCCAAUCUAGCAGAUGUAAAGAAAGUGAAUGAAAGUCAAAAGGGAACAAACAUUAAGCUGCCUACUGGUGUGGAUGAUUCUUCUGCAAAUGCGGGUUCAUCCGGAUCAAAUAAAUCUGAGACCUUGACAGGUACAGGGAGAAGGCUACUAGAAGAUAACGAUUCGAACGGGUUGCAGGAUGGUGGUUCUGAAUCCAAAGAUAAUGAUAAUAGUAAUAGUAAUGAGGAUAUACGUGCAGCAACUGUUGAAAAUGAAGAGGGAUUGGAAGCAGAUGCAGAUUCAUCUUUUGAGUUAUUGCGUGAUAAUGAUGAGCUUGGUGAUGAGUAUAGUUAUGAUUAUGAUGAUUAUGUGGAUGAAUCCAUGUGGGGAGAUGAGGAGUGGACUGAGGGUCAACAUGAGCAACUGAAAGAUUACAUUAAUAUUGACGCACAUAUUUUGUGCACUCCUGUUAUAGCAGACAUUGACAACGAUGGAGUAUCAGAAAUGGUUGUUGCAGUCUCGCACUUCUUUGAUCACGAGUAUUAUGACAACCCAGAUCAUAUGAAGGAGCUGGGUGAUGUUGAUAUUGGUAAAUAUGUUGCUGGUGCUAUUGUUGUUUUCAAUCUUGAUACAAAGCAAGUUAAGUGGACUACACAACUAGAUCUCAGCACAGAUACUGCAAAGUUCCGUGCGUACAUAUAUUCUUCUCCAACUGUUGUGGAUUUGGAUGGUGAUGGCAAUUUGGACAUUCUUGUUGGAACUUCAUUUGGCUUGUUCUAUGUUUUGGACCAUCACGGAAAAAUCAGAGAGAAGUUCCCUCUUGAAAUGGCUGAAAUUCAAGGUGCAGUAAUUGCAGCUGAUGUUAAUGAUGAUGGCAAAAUUGAACUGGUGACUACUGAUACACAUGGGAAUGUUGCUGCAUGGACUGCGCAAGGAAAGGAAAUUUGGGAAGCUCAUGUUAAAAGUCUUGUUUCCCAGGGUCCAACCAUAGGUGAUGUUGAUGGGGAUGGGCGUACUGAUGUUGUGGUUCCAACACUAUCCGGCAAUAUAUACGUUCUUAGUGGCAGAGAUGGUAAACCUGUUGGUCCUUACCCAUAUCGGACCCACGGGAGAGUGAUGAAUCAAGUUCUACUUGUUGAUUUAAGCAAACGUGGGGAAAAAAGCAAGGGACUCACUCUUGUUACAACAUCUUUUGAUGGUUACCUAUACCUAAUAGAUGGGCCUACAGCUUGUGCUGAUGUUGUCGAUAUUGGCGAAACUUCAUAUAGCAUGGUCUUGGCAGACAAUAUUGAUGGUGGAGAUGAUCUCGAUCUAGUUGUUACAACCAUGAAUGGGAAUGUCUUUUGCUUCUCAACUCCUGCUCCACAUCAUCCCCUCAAGGCAUGGAGAUCAAACAAUCAAGGAAGAAAUAACCUAGCUAACAGGUACAAUCGUGAAGGAGUCUACGUAACACCUAGAUCAAAACAGUUUCGUGAUGAGGAAGGCAAGAGCUUCUGGGUGGAGAUUGAGAUUGUAGAUAAAUACAGAUUCCCUUCUGGCUCACAAAAACCUUAUAAUGUCACCAUAACUUUGUUAGUGCCCGGAAAUUACCAAGGAGAAAGAAAGAUAAAGCAAAACCAGAUAUUUAGCCAUCCCGGAAAAUUCCAAAUUAAGCUUCCAACCGUUGGAGUCAGGACCACUGGGACUGUUGUAGUCGAGAUGGUGGACAAGAAUGGACUCUAUUUCUCAGAUGAGUUUUCCCUGACAUUCCAUAUGUAUUACUAUAAACUAUUGAAGUGGCUCAUUGUCCUCCCGAUGGUUGCCAUGUUUGGCGUGCUCGUCAUCCUUCGUCCGCAGGAAUCCAUGCCUUUACCAUCAUUUUCUCGCAACACUGACCUUUGAUCACAAUGUUUAGUACAUGCUAGACACUCCAGAUUGAACGCACAGCAGUUGUUAUUUUUUGCCUGGCCAAGAACUAUGGGUGCUACCGAAGGCUUCAACUUGAGACAGAUCAUCUACCGUUCAAAAGGGGUUUUGCAUGGCAAAAACUCUAGAGUUCAAGAUUACAGAAGGUCCGAACUUGUAACAUAUACGAAUGAAUAGUUAUGCUGCAUUGGAUUUUGGAUCCCCAAACCCUUUGUAGCUUUUUUGUAAUUUUGUGAGGCUGCUUGAGGGAAAUAGAUAGUCAUGUACGAAGGGAAUAUUCAAAGUAAUUUCUCAUCACGCAGUAACCAAGAAAGGAAAA